AUGAGUUCACAGGAUUACCUCAAUAAUGCCAGGAAGUCUUUAGUAGAAGCACAGGUGGUGUCUCAAGAGACUAAUAUUAAUAUCAAAAAUAUUAAAGAUAGACUAACGGAACUCGAAAAAUCAAUAGGUAAAGGUAAGUUCAUCAGGAAGAGUCUUGAAAAGCAAGUACAGUUUUUAAGAAAUAACAUCUUAAGAGAUUUCAUAGAGAGAAGAUUAAUAAAUAAGGAAUGGUCUCAGGUUAUUUUAAUAGAUAUGGUAAGAGAUCUUCAUCACUGGAAUGCACUAAUACGAAACCAAGCUGAAGUUUUGGAAAAUACAAAAAAUGUUUUGAAUGAUCCCUCUAAAAAGACUUUUGACAAUGAAUUUCAAACACUUGGAUCGUUUAUCUCACAAGAUAAUUUGAAUAUCUUGGAGGCAAGAUUAAAUGAAAUACCAAACAUAGAGUUGCAUAUAGAUACAAUUAAACACCAAUAUCAAAUAAUGGUGAAUAAGAUAGACACUGAGUUGAUUAAAAAAGAUAUGCAGGAUCUGUUUCUCAAGUUCGAAAAAACUUUUGAUCAAGAUUCAGAUGAAAUGCAAAAACUAUUAUUGAAAUAUCCAACUGAGCUCAAAGAGUUAGAAUGCGACAUUGUAAACUAUUUAAGUUCACUUACGCAUCAUUACGAACAAUGCCAAUUACUUUGUGAUAUCGACGAAUUUUCUCCAGAUUUUAAGGAAUUAUCAGAGAUAAUCAAAGCUGAUAAUAAUGAGUUGCAUAUAAUUUCCGAGUCGCUGGAAGAAACUGUAAAAAACAUAAAUGGUAGAAUUAACUCUGUUUCUAAACUUUUAGCAAAUAAAGAGAAAGAGAGCCUUGAAUAUAAAAAGCUAUUUAAAGAUCUUCUGAAGAAAUUCAAGACAAACCAUGAAUAUCUAUUGAUAUUUAAGGAAAUUGCAGAGAUUAUAGAAAAGUUUAAAAACACAUGCAUUCAAGACAUGUCCUAUAUCGAAGAUCUCUACCAUUUUUACCAAAAUUUCGAGUCGAGCUACCAAAAUAUGUUACAGGAAAUUAACAGGAGGAAACAAGUUGCUAAGGAAAUGCAAAAAAUACUGGACGACUGUGAAUCUCAAUUAAAGGCAUUGAGCCUAAAAGAUAAAGUAUGCAGGGAACAAUUUUUAAAUGAAAAUGGUAAGUAUUUGCCAGAAAACAUAUUGCCAGCAGAAAUGCAAAGUUCCAAACCACUUUAUUCACUAGAGUAUUCAAUUAAUAAAUAUUGA